AUGGCAGAGCUUCUCGAGCCUCUAGCAAUUGACGAGAAUGGCAGCAAUUCGAGAAAUAGCAUACCCUCAAGAAACUCCCACCUGUCCACUCCCUCUGUUGCUCUGACAGACGGCCAGAGUCUACUAUCCCCAUUAAGAAGAAAGAGGUUUGAUGAUCGUUCCCAGUCAAGAACCAGCAUUCAACUACGAGCCCAUACGGCGUCUCCAAAUACUCAAAGACCUCAUGUUCUAAGAGCUACUUCCUCAGAAGGAGUACAGUCCUUUGUUAAAUGGGUUGAGACGAAACAUAUACUGAAAGUCAUAAACUCUGAAGAUUUCAUCAACCGAUUCGGGGCGCCCCAGCUUAUCCAACUAUCUCAACAUCAUAUAGCCGUUGGAACAGAACGGGGACUUGUGGUUGCUUUCAAUUACAAGCAAGAACCAGAUUUUGUGCUCGUCCCUCGGAAGAGUGAUACGGUAUCCACUGAUGAACAACCGAUUUCCCAAGUAUGUUGCAUUUCUUUCUCAUCAGAUGCAUUCUUUGCAGCUGCUGGCUAUCUGGAUGGCUCAGUGGCUGUCUGGAACCUCGGUGACGGACCACCCACGUCUAGAUUCGAUGUUUUAUACGCUGACGGAGUGAUUCAGCCUAUCACCUUGGAACAGCGAUUUAGACGCAACAUGCAAGGACACCUUAAGGAUGUGCCAGUCAUAAAGGUCAACUUUGUUGGAGACCAAGACCAGCAGCUUGUUUCUUCAGACCUAUCUGGCCUAGUCUUUUUCCAUAGAGGUUUCAAGAGGUUUCUACGGAAAUACUACACUUCUCAGAAAUUGCUCGGCAAGAACGAUACAAAUAGUGCUGAUACUGCCGGCAAAUUUACCAUACAUGAUAGUCAGGUUCUUCCUUUUGGCACGUCUGAGCAAAUUACUGAUACAUUAGGCCUAUUGGCCGUCAUUAACAAGAACAUUUUGGUUAUCGUCUCCGUGCGGUCACUAGACAAUCCAGAUGUUCCGUAUCCAGUGAGCCAAUAUAAAUGCUCCAGACCAAAAUCAGUCGCUGGCGACGAUGCUCAAGUGACUUACGGUGGAAGUCUAAAGAUUCUUCGCCAUCGUUUGGUCAUGUUAGUCAACUCCCAUUCUGCAUCACAGAGGACCAUACUUUCAGGAAGGUGUCUCAAAUGGGCAGACAGGCUCAUGGACUUCCUUGCCCAAAGCGAAUUCGAGUCUGCUCUAAGCAUGGCUUUCGAGUACUAUGUUUCUGAAGACUAUGGCCAGCUUGUUCUUCAUGGACUUCCCCAUAAUAGAAACGAGCGUCACGCUGUUGUCAGCCCUAUUUUGAAACGUGUAAUGGUGGAGUCUGUGGAACCGCUUUUCAGUUCUCAAGAUAACACCUCCCGAAGUCAAUCCAAUUUGGAGCUCUUCUUUCGACUUGUAUCCAUUUUGUCAAAAAACGGUUUGGUAAAUGACGACUUGCUUCACAUAUUAGAUGAGAUAUAUGAUCGCUUUGAAGACAGAAAGCUAUUCUUCGAUAUGUUGGAAGAGUACAUCAUUUCCCUGGAAAUCAAGAACUUGUCACCUAUAUUGUUUAAGGGCCUUAUUGAAAACUAUGCUGCUAGCGAUAAGAGAGAACUUCUUGCUGAGAUUAUAUGCUUACUCGACAUGUCUACUCUCAAUAUCGACUUGGCUUUGAACCUCUGCAAAGCAUUUCAUUUGAGAGAAUGUCGCAUCUACAUCUGGAACGAGAUGCUUAAAGAUUACACAACGCCGUUGGUGACCUUGAUUAACGAAAUUGAGUCGAAUAACAGCGAGCACGAUGACCUUUUAAUUGUGUUCACUUACAUGUCUUAUAUUCUCACCGGCCGCCUGUACCCUAGUGAUAAGAUCCUUGAUUCAAGUGUCGAAGUGUACGCCAGGAACUCGAUAUGUGAAAUACUUUUUAGCAUAGGGCCAUACACUUGGCCAAAAGAUUCAGAGAAAGUUCUCUUGGGAUCUAGCUCUGACAAGAUCUUUCCUUAUCUUACCUUCUUCCUUGAGUUUGACACAUUUGAAACGUUGGUAACCAUCAACGAGUUUUUUGAAAACCCAUCCCUCAAUGACGAGAUUGAGGGUCCACUCACAAGGCAGUACAUUAUCGAGGCUCUUUUGGAUAUUUUUGGGGCAAACGAAGCUUUACAAAAGGGCGAAAGUCAGACCCAUCUUGCCAUCUUUAUAGCAAGGAACUACCCGAAGUACUUUCAAUUUAUAAGACUUUCGGAGUCAGUCUUACAAGAGACGGUCGAUGUGCUUUGCAAAAAUAAAGAUCCUGAUCUACACGAAGAUUGCGAGCUUGCACUAGAGAGCUUGCUUUCUGUUUAUGAGGUUGAGAGUGACGCUCACCUACUCGAACAAAUGCGUGCCGCCGGGUUUUACGACGUGCUCUUCAAGAUAAGUAAAUCUCGAGGGGAGUUUACGCAAGCAAUGGAAAUGUGGCUAGCAAAGCAUCAGGAGAGUUCGUCAGAGACGAGUAAGAAUGUCACAGUUUUGGCGGACAUGCUAAAAAGCACUUUUCAAUCCGAAAACCAAAAUACAACCGAAAGAAUCCGGCUAACUCAAUUUAUUGAAGAGCAUUACGAAGAUCUCAUUUCGCUGAAUUCUGAUGACAUGGUUGUUCUAUCGAAUACAUUCCAUCCAGAACUAAACUUGAUAGUUCUCAAAUGCGAAGACAAAUCACUAGCUUUAAGAUAUCUUGUGUCGUUUUUUGAAAGAACUGUGAACCUGAACCUAGAUUCUGUUUCAUUGCCUUUAUUAGUGAGAUACUUCGAGCUCUUGAGUGAAGACAAGGAGUUGCCGAUGAAGAAUUUGGUGGUAAAAUACUUAUCCAGUUUAGAGAACCACAAGCCAGAAAAGGAUGCCAUAAAAACAGUUUUAAAGGAUGCCAAAGCUUUUGAACUGUUGGCAGUCAUUUUAAGUAACGAUGGGGAGCACGACGCCGCUGUUGAUGAGCUUUGGAACGCCAUUGAGGCCUUGCAAACGACCGAUGGAGACUUGAAAGAAGAAGACUACGAAACCAUAAGUUCUUAUUUGGCAAGGACAAUCAGGAUAGGCGAAGAGGCGAGGAAAGAGAGUUUAUGGACAUCGCUUGUCGAAAAGUUUGUGGUCAUGAGUGAAAGGACUGAAGAUGAACGGUUGCAUGAUAUUUUAAAUGAAAGUAUCUACAAGUGCUUCAGAGCAAUUGAAGACAGAGAGGCAGGAAAGGACGGUAAGUCAACCUUCACCAAUGUUUUUAACCGAGUACUUGAGGUUGCAAAGGUGGCCAAUUUAAGGGAGACCCUUCAAGAUAUUCUUACAUCCUACUUUUUUGAAUCAGAGAUCCAUACAAUAACUGUGGGCAAGAUCAACCAACGAAUUUCAAAGUACAUGGAUACCAUAAAAGAAGAGGAGCUACUCGGAUGGCUCGUCAAUAACAAGCAAUGCACUAGCUGUGGCAAGGUUAUGUGGGGUGGAGAGAUGCUGGAGCGACACACAUGGGCAUGGGAAGAGAGACAGAAGAGCAAAGUGUUCCUUUCCGAAGGCUCCUUCGACAAGGAGAAGUUCAGCGAUUGUGAUCUCUACUUGUUCAAGUGUUCCCACGGGUAUCACAAGAAAUGCUUGGAACACAUUGGGGGCAAUAAGCGCUGUGUUAUUUGCUGCCCCGAAUAA